AUGAUUGACACUCUCCUGAACCCUUUACUAACUACAGUUGCUGCCGCUGCCGAAUACGCUGGAAAGCUCGUGACUGGUCAAGGUUUUGUUACCAAGUACAAGCCUGCUGCCAAGUCAUACGCUAAGCAAUUUAACAGUGAAGUGUUGCCACAAGUGGCCAGAUGCUCUGAGAAAUUCGAGGAGCAGAUCCAAAAGGUGAUCUACGCACACGACAUUGAAGUCACAUUGAAGGCUGCUGGUCUUUCAUAUGUUCUCUACAAGAUCACCUCAUGGUUCUCUCUCUAUACUUUGGUGUUUGCUGGUGUCGUUUUGACGUUUACCCUCCCAGCGGUUUACGUUCACAACAAGAAGGAGAUCGAUGCUGCUGUCACCCAAUACACUAAGCUUGCCAAGGACAAGGCCUCGGAGUUGAGCGCCGCUGCCCACAAGAAAGCUGGUCCACACUUUGACACUUUGGUGAAGAAAACUGGACCUCUUGGAUCGUUCAUCAAUAGUAAGAUUCCCGUGAGAACCGCCGGUUCCACUGUUGGAACUGAAACUAAUGGCUACAAAGAACCUACUUCUGCCCACACCACCGGUGCCUCCAAGUUCCCUGAAGUCCCAUCAUCGGCCGACGACUCGAUCUUGGAUGAGUUUGACGAUGCUGCUGAUACCUCCAAGGUUGAGGUACCAGUGAGAUUGUAA